AACAAGACCCAGUGUGAAAAACAUGGCGGCCUCGAGUUUGGAGGAGGAAGAAUAUCUCUUCCCAAACGGGGCCCAUGUUCUACCCUGGGAUCGCUUUAGGCGUUGGAUAACGUGUUUUUGUGUUGUGACGUUUGAUAUAGAAGUUGGACAAGCUAUGGAAAUGGUCUACCCAAGCCAUAUCGAACUGACAGAAAAAGAGAAAACCAAUAUCUGCUACCUUGCCUUCCCAGACUCCAAUUCAGGGUGUAUGGGAGACACAGAAUUUCAUUUUCGCAUUCGAUGUAGUCCGCAAACAUCCUUAACAAGAAGCAUUUGUGGAAAAGUUGAAUCAGCUGUUCCAUUAGAAUUUCGGGCUGAUCUUGCCCAUUAUUAUGGCUUUGUUUAUUUUCGACAAGUAAAAGACCCUAGUAUACAACGUGGUUAUUUUCAAAAGUCUUUAGUUCUAAUUUCAAGAUUGCCAUACUUGAACCUGUUUAGUGAAGUGGUCAGAACCUUGGCUCCUGAAUUUUUUGAAAAUGGGCUACCAUCGCUGGAAGCAGCGUGUAACAAUAUAGACCAGUGGCCAGAACCAGAGGCUGGCCAUACCCUUCAACUACCCUUGCUGGGUAAUGUCCUACAGGUAAGAGUGCCGUCACGGAGUGAUAAACCAGGUGCUGUAUCUUCUCCUGAUGGACCAAUGAAUAUCAAUCUUAUGACACCAAUUCCAAGUCCAAAAGUUAUCCCAACACUCAAGGAACCAGAUACUUUAAGGUUCCUUCAACCAGUUGUUGCUCACAUUCAUCUUCUCUGGGAGCUCGUUAUUUGCAAUGAGCCCAUCGUUGUCAUGGCACCGACACCCAACAUGUGCUCAAAUACUGUUCAAGUUUUAGUCAAUUUGAUUUCACCCUUGCACUUCUGUUCGGACUAUCGACCUUUCUUUACAAUACAUGACAGCGAGUUCAAGGAAUACACCACAAGGACGCAAGCACCACCCAGUGUAAUUCUUGGAGUGACAAAUCCUUUCUUCGCCAAAACGUUACAAUACUGGCCUCAUGUUGUUAGGAUAGGAGAGAUGUCAAAUCUAGUGGUAUCCAGGAAAUCCCCUUCUAUUGGUCAAGCAAGUAAACGAAACUUGUCCUCAAAACCUGGUAUCUACACCAAGUACAAACCGAUGUUGAACCGUGAUAAAACAAUCCUAAGAAAACUAAGCAAGGGUAACCAUCCCAAGAGACCACCUGAAGUACAGAAUGCCAUUCUUCGACGUCAUAUGAUUGAGUUGACGCAAAGUUUCAUGAUUCCUCUGGAGCGGUAUGUUGCAAGUCUGAUGCCCCUUCAAAAAAGUAUUUCCCCGUGGAAACGCCCACCAAGACUAAAGAACUUUGAUAUCGAGGAGUUCAUUGAAACAUUAAACGAUUAUGGACCUCAGCUCACCUCCAAACACAAGGGCAACUGGAUUCUACUGUACAGAAAGUUUUUUAAGAGUCCAAACUUCGAGGGAUGGCUCUAUCAUCGACAACACGAAAUAGUCCAGAAACUGAAACUUCUUCAUUUAGAAGCGUUAGGAAAUGCGGAUGUGUUGUCAUGGAUACAAGGAAAGUCAGAAGUAGAAGUGGUCGAUCUGUACCUUCAGAUCAAAGAGAAACUCGCCCAUAUCAACUCGUUUUAUCCUCCAGUAAGCGAAGAAACAAAGACCCAACUACGACAACACUUGAAAACCAUCUCCGAUACAUUCCCAUCAGACUUGAAGUUCGUACUGACAAACAGCUGACAAGCAUGCAGCGUGGAACACAAGAAACCCCGGGCAGGUUUGCUGUAAGGGUCCUUUAUCGAGGUUCACAACAAAGCAAAACGUUUUUAAGAUAGUAACGUUAGUCAGUCCGAGGUUAAGGAAAAAAUGGGUCAAGUUGACUUGCAUCGUAAGAUUGCUUUUCCAAAAUGGCGUCCAUUUCGUCUCCUGAAACAGUCCCACACCGAGUACCAUACAGUGUCAACUACCCAGAUUUUUUUCUCGAUCUCGGAAUGGUUAGUAAACAAGACACGGAGAAAAGGUUUUCCGUUGUUUCAUUUAAAAAAAGGAUGACAAACAUUGCUAAAGAUUAACUUUCAGAAUUUUUUAAAGUGAUGAUUUGAAGGGUCAAAGUGCUGGACGCCUCGGCCCAGUUCUGUACAGAAUCUUUCUCGAGGUCUUAUUUUGAUGUUCUAAUUUUUUGCAAUUUUAAAUUUCAUACACAUACAAUGCUUUGAAAAUGAGUUGAAUGAAAAUGAUAGGAAUUUAAUCAGAUAUGAUUUUCUUAUUUUAAUUUUAGCUUUUUUUGUCGUUGGCAAAUAUAGUAGAAUUGAGUUAGAGUGAAGUCAUUAAACCCGUGCAAUAGAUAUUAGACUAAUACACUAUAGUAGACCCCAAUUCCAUUGUCUUCUUUUGUGUCUAUUUGACUAUUACACGUUGACUAGCAUUUUUUAUUUCACGGGUUAAAUGCCUUCGCUCUAUCUGUUGUCAUUAGAAAGUAAUAUAAUUAUGAUUCUCUUCAAGGAAAGAAGCAUUAUUUUUUAUAUUUAUGGCGAAAAUUUAAAAAAAUAUCAUUCAAAUUAAAAAAUUUUUUUUGUUAAAAUUGAUAAUUUAGACAAUUAUGUCCUACCAUGCAUGUAUUAUAACACGCAAAGACACCUGGGAUAGUUUGGGGAUUUAUUUCGAAUAGCAAGUAGUUCAAUUUGGAGGACAAAACAAUAGGUUUCCAAUUCUGAGGAGAUUAAACCUCUUGUUUUAUUCUCCAAAUUGAACUGCUUUGACGUCACUUGCAAGGGGUCUUUACAGUAACAGGUCACAUGAUACUUUCCCGCCAUAUUAGUUACAAUAGGGACUUUAAGAUUUGCAAAAUCGGUCUUCCCUGUGGAUGAGUUGACUUCACUGACAAUGUUUCGGAUGAAAUCUCCAAUGAACAGAACCCCAAAGAGAAAUGAUUUACACUUCCGGACGACGUCGCCGUAGUGGAUUUUGCAAAUCUUAAAGUCCCUAAUAUCGUGACCUGCCAGCUCAUCCUCCUUGGUUAAGGCAGAUUAAAACUAGGAACAUAUUCAUCCUGCAAGGAUUUGUGGGAAGGUAUCUUGUAAUGCAAAGUGGCGGUCGUGUUUUUAUGAACUUAAAAAAAUCAGAAUUGAAAUAUUAGUCAUCCUUAAUUAACUCGAGUAAAGCGCGGGAACGAUAAACCUAGGGUGACAUCGUUAUAUAUUAUAUACAGAUUUAUUAUUAGCUCAACCAUUCACUGUUAUUCUGUUUUUUAAACCUUACCAUUCCUAAUGUACAUAUUAAAAAAAAUACCAUACCGAAA